UUCGAACUCGGACUUUCCACGAGCUGAUUAUUUUACCGCAGAUCAGUUUGUAUUUCGUCUCCGACUGCAAUACACCGACUUCGCCGGCGAUUUCACUUUCUCUCUCCCGCCUUUCCAGUUCGCUGAAAAAUUUGAAAGGCGAACGACCGAUUAAAUUAUCGCUCCAACCGAGUUAUUAAGUCCAUCCAGAACAUGAAAAUCGCUGUGAUCGGUGCUGGAUCCUGCGGCCUCGCCGCCCUGCGACACUGCACUUCCGGUACGUACGAUUGUGAAGUGGUUUGUUACGAGAAAACGGACCAGGUAGGAGGCACAUGGGUCUACACGGAGGAAACUGGUUUGGACCGAUACGGUUUACCAAUACACACCAGCAUGUACAAGAAUUUGAGAACCAAUUUACCAAAAGAAGUAAUGGGAUAUCCCGAUUAUCCAAUUCCUGACACCCCCGAAAGUUACUUGACACGCACGCAAAUACUCGAGUUUCUCAACUCGUAUUGCGACCAUUUUAAACUUCGACAGCAUAUUCGGUUCCUUCAUAAUGUCGAAUUGGUGACGCCUACCAGUGGAGGGGACCGGAAGUGGACGAUCAAGGUGAAAGAUCUGCAGAAAAACACUGUUACGAGUGAUUCGUUCGAUGCAGUUAUGGUGUGCAAUGGUCAUUACUUCAAGCCCAAUGUUCCAAACCUGAAAGGCCACGAGACGUUCCAAGGUCGACAGUUGCACAGCCACGAUUACAGGACACCCGAUAUAUUCACCAAUAAAACCGUUGUGGUCGUCGGUGCUGGUCCUUCCGGUAUGGACUUGGCACUGGACAUAUCCAAGAAAGCAACACGUGUAAUUUUGAGUCACCAUACGAGGGAGUCCAUAGGCACCAUUUUCCCUGAAAACGUCGUCCAGAAACCGGAUAUAAAAGAGUUGACUCAAAGUGGCGCCCUCUUCACUGACGGAUCCAGUGAAUCCAUAGACGCAGUCUUUUAUUGCACAGGAUACGAGUAUAGUUUUCCUUUCUUGGACCCUAAGUGUGGAGUACGAGUCGAUUCGAACAUGGUGACACCGUUAUGGAAGCACCUCAUAUCGAUCGAGAAUCCCACCCUCGCUGUAGUCGGUAUCCCAUAUUACGUUUGUGCUUUCAAUAUGUUCGAUUUGCAGGUCCGGUUUGUCCUGAGAUUCUGGUCCGGUAAGAAAGACUUUCCAUCCAAGGAGGACAUGCUGAAAGAAGAGAAAGAAGAAUUAGAAAAGCUCCUGGCAAAGGGUCUUCGAAAAAGGCACUUCCACGAGAUGGGUCACAAACAGGGCGUCUAUUUCGACGAUAUUGCAAAUAUUGCAGGAAUAACUCGUCUUCCUCCAGUGAUCUCCAAGCUACACGAUGAGAGCAGCAUGCGCUUUUUGGACGAUUUGGUGCAUUACAGAGAGAGCAGAUACAAGAUCAUCGACGAUUACAAUUUCAUUCAACUUUAAAAGAUGUCUCGCCUGUAAACUAAUUUUUAAUACUCCCUCGGAUGUAAUUGUUUUAUA